CCCAGUCAUUUCUCUGAUGUGCAGAUCUUGAGUAGGCAUACUGAACAGAGAUGGGUAUGACAUACAUUUUCCUGAUAUUGACAGGUAAGCCCCCCAUCUCCACCAAUUAAUGGCGCUACCAGUCUUCCGCUCUGUUUAACUCUGCGGUCAAUUUGAUUUAUGUUAUAUUAUGACUGAAUAUAUACUAUAUGACUGGAAUUGUGAACUGCGUGCACUUUUUUUGUGGGUUUGUAGAUUCCCUGGGUUGAAUUCAGUAUUAUGAUCAAAUGUAAAGAUUAAAUAAUUAUAACUUGAAAUGACAGAGGGUGAAUGACAGCCUUUUGAAAGGCAUUUGAGGGUGUUUUUCGCAGUUUUUGAGAAAAUAACUAGUUUAGAUGCAAAAUGGUAUGGGUCAGUAACAAGGUUUCCAUCCAGCCAUUUAAUGCAGAUGAAUGACCUGAUGCAUUAAAAAAAAGUUACGACAGGCCAAAUGGAAACAAUAAUCGGUAAUGGAUCAUUUUGGGUCUGUAAAAUGUAUUAUGCGAGAAUUGGUGGUGGAAAAGCCUUAAUCAAAUCAAACUUUCUCACAUGCGCCGAAUACAACAGGUGUAGACCUUACCGUGAAAUGCUUACUUACAAGCCCUUAACCAACAAUGCAGUUCAAGAAAGAGUUAAGAAAAUAUUUACCAAAUAAACUAAAGUAGCCACAGUGUAAAAACAAAUGGGGGGGUCAAUGUAAAUAGUCCGGGUGGCCAUUUGAUUAAUUGUUCAGCAGUUUUAUGGCUUAGGGGUAGAAGCUGUUAAGGAGCCUUUUGGUCCUAGACUUGGCGCAAAUAUUGAUAUAAUAACCAUCAUAUCGAAGUAAACUUGGAGUCACGCAAGGAUAUGUUGUGUGGUCCUCCCACUACCACUCGGGAAAGCAUGCAGUUUAUUCGGGUUUUAUUCUGGUGACAUGAUGAUUGAUGCUUGGCUGCCGUUUGACAAAUACAAAUAAUCUCACUAUUUUUUCCAUAAUAACAUCAUUGACACAUCAUGUAGGCUAUACCCAAACUGUAACUGCAAGCUGUUGGCUAGAGCGCACGUGCCAAGACCAGAGUGGGCACAUUCACUAUAGAACGCAAAACAUUUUUUGUGACAAAACCAACAGUAGAAUUGAAAAUGCGAUGGAAACCCAUUUAAUUGUUUAUUCUAUUCAUGGGAAUUUGACCACAAAAGUUAUUUUUAUGUGCACUGUCUCAUCAUAACUUAUUUCAUAACUUCAUAACUUAUGGUGAUUAAGUGCACGGUGAUGAGCUUCAUGCAAACGUUCAAUAAAUAUCGAGGGUAGACUAUCAUUUGAGUGAUGCUGGUGACAUGAUGAUCGGUGCUUGGCUGCCAAUUAUGCCUUAAAGUAAUGAUGGACUGUCGUUUCUCUUUGCUUAUUUGAGCUAUUCUUGCCAUAAUAUGGACUUGGUCUUUUACUAAAUAGGGCUAUCAUCUGUAUACCACCCCUACCUUGUCACAACACAACUGAUUGGGUCAAAUGCAUUAAGAAGGAAAUAAAUUCCACAAAUUAACUUUUAACAAGGCAUACCUGUUAAUUGAAAUGCAUUCCAGGUGACUACCUCAUGAAGCUGGUUGAGAGAAUGCCAAGAGUGUGCAAAGCUGUCAUCAAGGCAAAGGUUGGCUACUUUGAAGAAUCUAAAAUCUAAAAUAUAUUUUGGUUACUACAUGAUUCCAUAUGUGUUUUUCAUAGUUUUGAUGUCUUCACUAUUACUCUACAAUGUAGAAAAUAGUAAAAAUAAAGAAAAACCCUUGAAUGAGUAGGUGUGUCCAAACUUUUACUAGUACUGGUACUGUAUAUAUGUAUUGAUCAAAUAACAUGGAAAACAAUCACUUUUUGUGCAGUAUUAAUUUUCCAUCCUUACAAACCACUAUAUUAUACAUAGGCUGGUCAUCUAGGUUUGUACCUGUAGACUUUCCAUCACCAUGGAGAAAAACAAUGCACAAUACAGUAAUUGAGUACAUUGAGACAUUAAGUGGUUUGUGAUGAUAUGGCUCAGUUGGUAGAGCAUGGGGCUUGUAACUCUAGGGUUGUAGGUUCGAUUCCCACGGGGGACUAGUAUGAAAAUGAAUGCACUCACUACUGUAAGUUGCUCUGGAUAAGAGUGUCUAAUAGAAAAGGAAUGAAUAGACCAUUUCAGUUUUCACAUAGAAAUAAGUUUAAUUUGCAAAGUAUUUCAAGAAACUUGAAAACAUAUAUCAAACAAGUAUUUUUAUAUUCCAUAAGUAUUAUCCGAUUAACUCUUUUGUACAGAUGAUUAUCAGACCCCAUCGUGAAAAAAAUAUCGCAGCACCCCCACCCCCAAACUACUUCCCACGGCUAUGCGCGGGUCAGCUGUUAGUUCACCCGCACCCGCCCGCAAUUGUUAAUAACCCAUCCACAACCGCCCGACUAUAUGUGAUAAAGUGAAAAUCUGAGGCCCGCACCCUACCCUAAUCCGCAAACAUGGAAAAUGCAUUGUACGAUCAGAGAUGCGUGAUUUUUUUUUAAAGCCUAAUUUAGAUAGGCCUAUGUUUCUGCUUAUAAUUUCCGACAUUUUGGUAGGCUAAUUGUUUGUCAACUUGUCUAUAAUUAGAUACAUGCAGCUUCUCUUCUGUCAUUCCUUGCUGCCCUAGAAGACUAAAUAAACCCUUGCUCACCAGAAAAUGUCAUACAUCGAUAGAAUGAAUGAUUCAAUCUAGUUGACAUUUGUAAAUUAUCUCUUUCAUCUCAGCUUCUCUCAUGCAGCAACGAUGUUUAGGGACACGGGAGCAAUGCAAUAACACAAAAAAAAUUCUAAGAUUUUCCAUGCAAGAUUUCCAAAUGACAUCAGUUUCACCGGUUUUAAGGGAUUUAAAAGCUGUGAAAACGACCAAAUAUGUUUCUGAUAAGAUUUCAGAUCGGCUUGGAUGCAUAUUUUGUGGUUGAAAUACUAUCAGCUUUUAUGACGCUGAUGAAGAUAGCACCUUUGCAGACGGUCCCCAACCACGCAUUAAUUCUCUCCAGAUGCUGAAAUAAAUAAAUAAUAUUUCUCCACACCUGUUCCCAAAACAACAUUUACAUUUGGUGUAUGAUUUUACUGCAAGAACUGCUUAAUUCUGCAGGAGUGAAUAUUAUAUUAGGCUAUGUGAGAGGUUAUAGACCUAGAGUCAGUGUCCAGAUUUCAGUUACUAUUCCAUUUAACCCAUCUGAACAAUACAGUUCUCUUGACAUGCCAUAUUAGAAGUCUCAAUCUUGUGACUGUCUAAUUUGUAUAGCGUCUCACAAUCAUCACAUAUUUCCCAAACAUUAGGCUACUGUUCUGGCCCUCCCUUCUCUUAAUUGUAAACUCUACAUUUCACAGCUUUUCCCUUAUUGAAUUAAACUCUGACAUUGUCCUUUUUGCCUCAGUGGAUCGACGUUAACUUUUUCUGCCCAAGUUCCCAAAAGCAUUUAGUCAAUUGGCGUGUAUUUGACGCAAGUAGUUAGGCCUUAAAGUUUAGGCUUAUCCACUAACGGCAGAUAAAAAUGAAAGAAAACACUCAAUGUAGCCUAUAGAUAUGAAUUGCACAAGAAUGAUACAUUUAUGGAUUUCUUAUGCAUUGUUUUCUCUUUAUUCAACCCGCCCACCCCCACCCGCCCUUCAUCCACACAGUAUUUCAUGACCCUUAACCAAUUAUGGAAGGACUCCCGGUUCCUCUCUAUAAAUCGCCUUUCAAAUGGAUCUUUAAAAUGGCCUCGUAAUUACUUCUGGAGUUAAUUCUACAUUUGGUAUUAAUUUCUAGGCCCUGAAUUUCCCAUAUGUGUUAUUUCAUAGUUUUGAUGUCUUCACUAUUAUUCUACAAUGUAGAAAAUAGUAAAAAUAAAUAAAAACCCAUGAAUGAGUAGGUGUUCUAAAACUUUUGACCGGUAGUGUAUAUAUAAAAGUGAAUUUGUGAAACAUAAAACACUAAUAAUAUACAGUGGGGAAAAAAAGUAUUUAGUCAGCCACCAAUUGUGCAAGUUCUCCCACUUAAAAAGAUGAGAGAGGCCUGUAAUUGUCAUCAUAGGUACACGUCAACUAUGACAGACAAAUUGAGGGGAAAAAAUCCAGAAAAUCACAUUGUAGGAUUUUUUAUGAAUUUAUUUGCAAAUUAUGGUGGAAAAUAAGUAUUUGGUCACCUACAAACAAGCAAGAUUUCUGGCUCUCACAGACCUGUAACUUCUUCUUUAAGAGGCUCCUCUGUCCUCCACUCGUUACCUGUAUUAAUGGCACCUGUUUGAACUUGUUAUCAGUAUAAAAGACACCUGUCCACAACCUCAAACAGUCACACUCCAAACUCCACUAUGGCCAAGACCAAAGAGCUGUCAAAGGACACCAGAAACAAAAUUGUAGACCUGCACCAGGCUGGGAAGACUGAAUCUGCAAUAGGUAAGCAGCUUGGUUUGAAGAAAUCAACUGUGGGAGCAAUUAUUAGGAAAUGGAAGACAUACAAGACCACUGAUAAUCUCCCUCGAUCUGGGGCUCCACGCAAGAUCUCACCCCGUGGGGUCAAAAUGAUCACAAGAACGGUGAGCAAAAAUCCCAGAACCACACGGGGGGACCUAGUGAAUGACCUGCAGAGAGCUGGGACCAAAGUAACAAAGCCUACCAUCAGUAACACACUACGCCACCAGGGACUCAAAUCCUGCAGUGCCAGACGUGUCCCCCUGCUUAAGCCAGUACAUGUCCAGGCCCGUCUGAAGUUUGCUAGAGUGCAUUUGGAUGAUCCAGAAGAGGAUUGGGAGAAUGUCAUAUGGUCAGAUGAAACCAAAAUAUAACUUUUUGGUAAAAACUCAACUCGUCGUGUUUGGAGGACAAAGAAUGCUGAGUUGCAUCCAAAGAACACCAUUCCUACUGUGAAGCAUGGGGGUGGAAACAUCAUGCUUUGGGGCUGUUUUUCUGCAAAGGGACCAGGACGACUGAUCCGUGUAAAGGAAAGAAUGAAUGGGGCCAUGUAUCGUGAGAUUUUGAGUGAAAACCUCCUUCCAUCAGCAAGGGUAUUGAAGAUGAAACGUGGCUGGGUCUUUCAGCAUGACAAUGAUCCCAAACACACCGCCCGGGCAACGAAGGAGUGGCUUCGUAAGAAGCAUUUCAAGGUCCUGGAGUGGCCUAGCCAGUCUCCAGAUCUCAACCCCAUAGAAAAUCUUUGGAGGGAGUUGAAAGUCCGUGUUGCCCAGCGACAGCCCCAAAACAUCACUGCUCUAGAGGAGAUCUGCAUGGAGGAAUGGGCCAAAAUACCAGCAACAGUGUGUGAAAACCUUGUGAAGACUUACAGAAAACGUUUGACCUGUGUCAUUGCCAACAAAGGGUAUAUAACAAAGUAUUGAGAAACUUUUGUUAUUGACCAAAUACUUAUUUUCCACCAUAAUUUGCAAAUAAAUUCAUAAAAAAUCCUACAAUGUGAUUUUCUGGAGAAAAAAAAUCUAAUUUUGUCUGUCAUAGUUGACGUGUACCUAUGAUGAAAAUUACAGGCCUCUCAUCUUUUUAAGUGGGAGAACUUGCACAAUUGGUGGCUGACUAAAUACUAUUUUUUCCCACUGUACAGUAUCUUGAUUAGAUAAGUAUUCACACUGCUGAGUCAAUACAUGUUUAAAACACAUUUGGCAUUGAUUACAGCUGUCAGUCUUUUUUGGUAAGUCUCUAGAGCUUUGCACACCUGGAUUGUACAAUAUUUUCCCAUUAUUUUUUUCAGAAUUAAUCAUGCUUUGUCAAGUCUUGCCAUAGCAAGCAGCUUUAAGUCAAAACUGGAAAUAGACAUUCACCGUCUUCUUGGUAAGCAGCUCCAGUGAAGAUUUUGCCAUUAAGUUAUUGUCCUCCAUGCCGUUUCUUUUUAUCCUGAAAAACACACCCGUCCUUGCCGAUGACAAUCAUACCCAUAACAUGAUGCAGCCACCACCAUGCUUGAAAAUAUGGAGAGUGGUACUCAGUGAUGUGUAGAGCAAGGAUUUGCGACAAACAUAACACUUUGUAUUCAGGACAAAAAGUUAAUUCCUUUGCCACAUUUUUUGCAGUAUUACUUUAGUGCCUUAUUGCAAACAGGUUGCAUGUUUUCGAAUAUUUUAAUUCUAUACAGGUUUCCUUAUUUUCACUCUGUCAUUUAGAUUAGUAUUGUGGAGUAAUUACGCUAUUGUUGAUCCAUCCUCAGUUUUCUCCAAUCACAGCCAUUCAACUCCGUAACUGUUUUAAAAUCACCAUUGGCCUCAGCAAAAUCCUCUCCAGCAACUCAGGUUAGGAAGAUCGCCUGUAUCUUUCUAGUGAAUGGGUGUAUUGAUAUACCACCCGAAACCGAACUAAUAACUUCACCAUGCUCAAAGGGAUAUUCAGUGUCUGCUUUUUAUUUUACCCAUCUACCAAUCGGUGCCCUUCUUUGCGAGGCAUUGGAAAAACUCCCUGGUCUUUUUGGUAGAAUAUGUGCUUGAAAUUCAGUACUCCACUGAGUGACCUUAAAGAUAAUUGAGUGUGUGGGGUAUAGAGAUGGGGUAUUCAUUCAGAAAUCAUGUUAACCCCUAUCAUUGCACAUAGUCCAUGCAACCCCUUAUGUGAUUUGUUAAGCAAAUGUUUACUCCUGGAUUUAGGAGGUGAAUAAUUAUUUAACCAAGACAUUCUUGUUAUUUAUUUUGUAUUUAUGUGCAAACAUUUAUAGAAUUGUAUUUUCACGUACACAUUAUUAAGUAUUUUGUGUAGAGAAGUGAAAGAAUUCACAAUUACAGUUGAAGUCAGAAGUUUACAUACACCUUAGCCAAAUACAUUUAAACUCAGUUUUUCACAAUUCCUGACAUUUAAUCCUAGUAAAAAUUCAUUGUCUUAUGUCAGUUAGGAUCACCACUUUAUUUUAAGAAUGUGAAAUGUCAGAAUAAUAGUAGAGAGAAUGAUUUAUUUCAGCUUUUAUUUAUUUCAUCACAUUCCCAGUGGGUCAGAAGUUUACAUACACUCAAUUAGUAUUCGGUAGCAUUGCCUUUAAAUUGUUUAACUUCGGUCAAACGUUUAGCCUUCCACAAGCAUCCCACAAUAAGUUGGGUGCAUUUUGGCCCAUUCCUUCUGACAGAGCUGGUGUAACUGAGUCAGGUUUGUAGGCCUCCUUGCUCGCACAUGCUUUUUCAGUUCUGCACACAAAUGUUCUAUAGGAUUGAGGUCAGGGCUUUGUUAUGGCCACUCCAAUACCUUGACUUUGUUUUCCUUAAGCCAUUUUGCCACAACUUUGGAAGUAUGCUUGGGGUCAUUGUCCAUUUGGAAGACCCAUUUGCGACCAAGCUUUAACUUCCUGACUGAUGUCUUGAGAUGUUGCUUCAAUAUAUCCACAUAAUUGUCCUUCCUCAUGAUGCCAUCUAUUUUGUGAAGUGCACCAGUCCCUCCUGCAGCAAAGCACCCCCACAGCAUGAUGCUGCCACCCCUGUGCAUCACGGUUGGGAUGGUGUUCUUCAGCUUGCAAGCAACCCCCUUUUCCCUCCAAACAUAACGAUGGUCUUAUGGCCAAACAGUUCUAUUUUUGUUUCAUCAGACCAGAGGACAUUUCUCCAAAAAGUACAAUAUUUGUCCCCAUGUGCAGUUGCAAACCGUAGUCUGGAUUUUUUAUGGCGGUUUUGUUGCAAUGGCUUCUUCCUUGCUGAGCGGCCUUUCAGGUUAUGUCGAUAUAGGACUCGUUUUACUGUGGAUAUAGAUACUUUUGUACCUGUUUCCUCCAGCAUCUCACAAGGUCCUUUGCUGUUGUUCUGGGAUUGAUUUGCACUUUUCGCACCAAAGUUCGUUAAUCUCUAGGAGACAGAACACGUCUCCUUCCUGAGCGGUAUGACGGCUGCGUGGUCCCAUGGUGUUUAUACUUGCAUGCUAUUGUUUGUACAGAUGAACGUGGUACCUUCAGGCGUUUGGAAAUUGCUACCAAGGAUGAACCAGACUUGUGGAGGUCUACAAUUUUUUUCGGGAAUUUUCCAAGCUGUUUAAAGGCACAGUCAACUUAAUGUAUGUAAACUUGUGACCCACUGGAAUUGUGAUACAGUGAAUUAUAAAUUUAAUAAUCUGUCUGUAAACAGUUGUUGGAAAAAUGACUUGUGUCAUGCACAAAGUAGAUGUCCUAACCGAUUUGCCAAAACUAUAGUUUGUUAACAAGAAAUGUGUGGAGUGGUUGAAAACAAGUUUUAAUGACUCCAACCUAAGUGUAUGUAAACUUCCGACUUCAACUGUAAAUCCAUUUCAAUCCCAUUUUGUAACGCAACAAAAUGUGUCCUCGACUAACCGGUACCCCCGCACAUUGACUCGGUACCGGUACCCCCUGUAUAUAGCCUCGCUAUUGUUAUUUUUACUGCUGCUCUUUAAUUAUUUGUUACUUUUAUUUCGUAUAAUUUUAUAUUGUAUUUUUUGUGUAAUUUUUUUUGGUAUUCGUUCUUAAAACUGCAUUGUUGGUUAAGGGCUUGUAAGUAAGCAUUUCACUGUAAGGUCUACACCUGUUGUAUUCGGCGCAUGUGACAAAUCAAAUGUGAUUUGAUUUUAUUUGAAGUGAGAAGGUCUGUGAAAAGGUCAGUUCUGGUGACUUUUUAAAAUAAAAUUAUCUAAAAUAUAAUUUCCCCUCCAGAUAUGAGCCCAAUAACAUUUGGUCCAUAUUAUCAGGCAGGUGUGUUAUUUAGCAAUAAGCAUGAUCACCUUCUGUAGCCCAACUGAUGCAGCAUAGUGACAAUAAAUAAAUAGGCUGAGGGUUCCACUGUCACUCAGCCAAGGAUCAUGUACUAUGGAUAUAAUGUAGCCUACCUGUUACAUCUGAUUCGUGUUACAUUUAGCCCCGGCCUCCCCUAUGCAUUCAACACUGGUGGCACCAUUGGCAUGGGCUAACAAGCAUAAACCAUGCUGCUGCUAAAAACUCAGGUUCUAAAAGGGUGCAGUUCACAAAUCUUUUGGAUAUGAGAAAUAAGUGAAAUAACAAUAGAAGGUGCUGUGAUACUCCUCUUUUAACAGUGGCCAUCAAAACUGCUUUCAAAGGUGUGUUUUCCUGCGACUGCAUUAAGAAUGUUAUACCGUGACGGGGCAUGCAUUCUCUCCCUGUGCGGCACUCGCAACAUGAAAGUGCCUCGAGAGCAUAUGAAAGUGCCUCGAGAGGUAUAUUAUUUUCUCACAUAGAAUACGACAAGCUGACCAAACUAUUCUACUGGGGUUAUGUGAUUUUGCUGUUGCUUACUUGUGUUGUUGGCUCAGGAAAAUUAAUUGUGGACAAUAUUUUUCAUUAGAUAAUUCAAAAUGUGCAUAACCAAAGGUAGGCUACUGGGUCACAGCUACGCCUAUCUUUCAAUUGGAUCAUAGGUCGGUGAUACCCGGCCCAGUCUAACCCCUGGAUACGGGUGAAAUGCUCCCACAGCAUAGAGAGAAGGGGAAGUGCGUACAGAAUUAUGUCAAAACUCAUAUAUAUAUAUUUUUUUACAGUGUUUUAUGUUGUGGUCAAGAGUCAACUCAAACCAGAGGGUAAGUACCAAGGGUUUACAACCUCACACACCAUCAAAAAGCUUUAUUUUUAACAUGAAGCCCCCCCCCCCCCCACGCUGCUGCUUGUAAUCUACCGCUAGGUGGCAGCAUAAACCUACCCUUUGAGACUGCAGUUGUCCAGUUCACUGUCACUCCGGUUUACAGUAGCCAGCAGUGACAAACAUAAUAUUGUGAGAAUUCCUAUUUGCACCAAGAGACAAAGGCAUCUCCUCAAAUUGUUCUCUCUCCUCUAUCUCUUUUCAGUUUCCAUGGCCCCCACAUUCAAGCUAGUCUACAAUGGGGAUACAAUUAAUCUGACUUGUAACCACAGCACAGGUACGGUAAAAUGGUUAUUCAACGAUGAGGUACAAGAGCAAGACAACAAGAUAUGGAGCAUAGGUCCUGUCUCUGCUAAGGACUCCGGCAAUUAUCAGUGUGAGAACAAUGGGCAGAAGAGUGACAACUUCGAAAUCUCAGUUCUAGGUAAAUAUACCAUGCCAACUCCCGAAUGCCUAAGCCUCAUGGACAUAUCAUUUCAGCUCAGUGGCAAAAAAUGUGGGUAGUUUAAAUUAAGCGUCUUAAGUAGACACCUGAGGCUGGAGACUUGAUUAUGAAGGCGAUAUCUUUUAUCAAAAAGGAGAAUUCAUAAACAGAUAUGGCAAAACAUUUGGAUAUUAUAGUAUAUUUGUUGGUUGUACGGACAUUUGGUCAAUUAUUACACUUUUUUAAAUAUAAGUGUUGCAGUGUUCAAAAUGCGUCAUAUACAUGUCAUUGUUUUCAUGCACAAUCUCUCUCCUUCCUUUAUUUUUUAACCUUCCUCUCCACUACAACCUACUCUGUACUCACCUGGGACUGCAUCACAGGGUUCUUUCCGCCUGCCACUUUAUCCAUCAAGUCAGGGGAGCCAGUCAUCAACUGGGAAGGUGCAGUAGUCUGGAGCUGCAGGUGGAGGAGAGUCUGAUGGGAUGGUCCUGUUGGGUGUACAAGAGGGGGGGAGUAAAAAAAAUAAAACUAAAGAAAAAUCUGACCAUCGAUCACACAGAGAUUACCUUUCAAACCUACCGACUGAGAGACACCAUCGCCAUCUACUGGUGUAGUGGCGAGACUGACCUGAGGAGCACCUCCAUCACCAUCAAGACCUCAGGUAAACCAACCAUUGGUGGCUGCAAUGUUUCCAUCAUUUCAAAGGAAUUAUGGAAUAUGAAUUGGACAAACUCUCAAAUUCAUGUUUUGGCAAUUGAUAAUCUCAAUCCCAGAAACCCAGAACUAAAAUAUUGUGUCAUGUGCUCAUACCAUUAUGUUACGUCCCUAGUCUGUCCACGAUUAGGCAAAAUUAUAAACUAGGUCGUUCGAGCCCUGAAUGCUGAUUGGCUGACAGCCGUGGUAUAUCAGACCGUAUACCAUGGGUAUGACAAAAUAUUUAUUUUUACUGCUCUAAUUACGUUGGUAACCAGUUUAUAAUAGCAAUAAGGCACCUCGGGGUUUGUGGUAUAUGGCCAAUAUAUCCAGGCACUCCGCACGCAAUGCGUCACGCUUAAGAACAGCCCUUAGCCGUGGUAUAUUGGCCAUAUACCACACCCCCUCGUGCCUUAUUGCUUAAUUAUAGCCUCCUUGUCAAAGUGUUAACGGUUACAGUAGGCUCUGUAUCAGACCUCCAAGUUUGAAGUACAUGUGUUGUAGCCUAGGCCUAGCUUUGAUGCAAGGGCAUUUUCAAAACUAGUUCUGAGCUAUAGUUCGAAUCAGAGUUCAAUUAUUUCUUACAUUGUAUUUUUUUCCUUUGGUCCGCUUCGUUUCACAUUGCCAAAUGUCAAACGAACUAAAAUGGCUAAACAAAACCAUGUGGUCAUGCAAGUCUAUUGUUUAUUGAAGAAAAAUGCUCACGUUAAAUUAAUCAAUGAUUAUCAAAACGCAGAACUUGUGUGUCCCCAAAAAAUUACUUUCACUUUGGUCUUCAACAACAUGGGGUAGCAAACAGCGCAAUAGCUGCUCUAACUGGAAAGUAAGUAGGCUAUAUUCUGUAGCCUAUUGGCGCUUUCAAGACAACUGGGAACUAAGCAACAAAACAAAAAAGGUUAAAUCAUGAUGUCAUUGAUCUUCAGGUCGGAAAGUCGGAACUCUAGAAAUAUGCCAGAAUUGUCCAUUUGGAAUUCCGAGUUGGAUGACCAUUUUUUCCGGAGUUCCCAGUUGUUUUGAACGCAGCAUAUAUCCCCCUAUAGCCCCAGUCUCCCCUAAUCUGCAUUGGAUGUGCUCAUACAGUAUCAAGUUAUGGUACUGCGUGCAUUUCAUCAAACGCUCGCAGUCAUCAAAUGCUUGCAGUCAAACAACAAAUAAUACUGCGCGCUUCUGGUUAUUUUCCUGUGUUUGGUCCAGAUUGCGUUCUCACCUGCAGCGAACUGUACCACGGUACGAAUGGAAUCCGACCAAGACCACUCUUUUCGAGCCAACCACGGUGUGUUGUUUAGUGCACUCCCAAAUCCCGUGUUCACACCAGUCCAAACAAAGAGAACUAAGGGGGGAAACCAAUGAUGUAUAUAAACCCUGGAUAGCUAAUGCUAUGUGUUGGCCAAUGAGAGGCUUUGAAGCCAACGGUCGGCCAUAUUGGCACUCCUCAGAAGAAGAAGCAGUCCUCCAUAGGAAUGAUUGGAAUUCUACAGCAUUUCAAUUAAAUGUUUCAAGGAAACAAUUACACGUAUUUAAGUAUUUUGUUGUUGUAGUGGGGACAGUAACAUUAGUACUUUAUAAAAAAUUAUAGCCUACUUUUAAAAUGUUAUUUUUAUUAUAACAUUCUAAAAUGUUUUUAGACUAUUUCAUUUUUUAAAAAUCUUUAGCUCACAUAAUAUAAUUAAAACAUAUACAUUAAGUUGUCUGUAGAAUAAACGUGGCAAAAACAAAUGUAGACAUUAAUAAAUGCAUUUUUAUAGCUGCCAAAAUAUUUUUUACAAAGGUGGGGGAGUGCCAAGAUGGAGGCGUGGUGGCUUCAAAACAGAGCUCCCUGUUCGUCAUCUAGUGAAUAUAUAAAUCAUUGGGGGAAAUGCGCCAGAAUUCGGAAAAACCACUCUAAAACAAUUUGGUGUGAAAGUCCCCCAAGAGACUUUUGACUCCAGCACAAUGCCAAAAGUGUCUUGGUUGCAACGAACCUAGCCUAGGCCUGGGUAGCCUAUAAGCUAUUUGCCCAACCAGACUGCAAAGAAUUCACCAGGAGGCACAAGCCGAUUGUCAUAUGUCAUGAGAAGACCAAGCCAUGAAGUAAAGCAAGAAAUAGUCUAAUAACAAACAACUGCAAAUGACUUACCAGAGCAGCCACUGGUAGGCAUAGUAUAAUGACUUGUUGCCAACAUUUGUUUUUGUCCUGAUAGUUGGGCAUGCAAAACCUGGUGUACAGUAUUUUUUAUUUAUUAUGGAUCCCCAUUAGCUGCUGCCAAGGCAUGACGUAGACAUGAAGUUGCUUCAAUUUAACAAUAAUUAAAGACAAAAUGUGUAUUUGUUAAAGUAGGCCUAUACUUAAGCAAUCAGGCCAAUGCACAGAGCAAAAAAAGGGAACCCCAAAAAAUAUGUUUCCCGCAACCACGUUCACAGACUUGUUGAGCAAUUAUUACAAGAAGAAAAAGGGAAAUCAGCACAAUCUGAUGGGUAAAGUAUUUAGCUAAACUAUUUUGAACUGGAAACAUGCUGCACUUACUAACAAUGACCAACACAAUUCCAGUCAAAAUAGAAGAUUGUAAGAAAUACUGUAGCCUACCAUUACUAUAUCCAACCCAACUCCAUUUGCUGCCACUAUCAUGUAUCCCAGUGGUUUGCAAACUUUUCUACCCUUGACCCCCAAAAAGGAACAAAACUUGCGACCCCCGCACGCACAUGAAUGUGUGCACACACGAACAUGCAGGCACAAUUGCUGCACAAAUGUAGCCUGUCAUUACAGCCAUAAAUGGUGAUGCAUUUUCAAAAUGCAAGUUAGCUACAAUUUGAAGCUGAAAGUCUUGCCUUAAUAGAAGGAACCAUGAAUUCUGCUCUGUUUCAGAGAAUUCUACAGAGAAUGUCAGGCCAUCCGUCUGUGAGCUGAAGCUGAAGUGUAGCUGGGUCAUGCAGCAAGACAAUGAUCCAAAACGCACAAUCAAGUCUACGUGAAAAUGUCUAAAAAGCUAAAAUUGUCACGUUUUGGAAUGGCCUAGUCAAAGUCCAGACCUAAUCCCAAUUGAAAUGUUGUGGCAGGACUUGAAAGGAGCAGUUCAUGCUUGAAAACCCACAAAUAUCGCUGAGUUAAAGCAGUUCUGCAUGCAAGAGUGGGCCAAAAUUCCUCCACAGCGAUGUGAGAGACUGAUAAACAACUAAAGGAAGCAUUUGGUUGCAGUCAUUGCAGCUAAAGGUGGCACAAGCAGUUAUUGAGUGUAAGGGGGCAAUUACUUUUUCACACUGUGGAAUUGGGUGUUGCAUAACUUUGUUAAUUAUUAAAUAAAUAAAAUAAGUAUAAUUUUUUUGUUUUUUUUGUAAACUCAGGUUCCCUUUAUCUAAUAUUAGGGUUUGGUUGAAGAUCUGAUAACAGUCAGUAUAAAAUAUGCAAAAAUAGAGAACAUCUGAAAAGUGGGCAAAUACUUUUUCACGGCACUGUAUAAAGCAUGAAAAGGGUACUCUAAUAAUAAUAAUAAUAAUUUGAAAAACUGAGCUCUGAGUUGAAUAAAUAAUAAAUAAAUAAAUAAUAUGCCAUUUAGCAGACGCUUUUAUCCAAAGCGACUUACAGUCAUGCGUGCAUACAUUUUUGUGUAUGGGUGGUCCCGGGGAUUGAACCCACUACCUUGGCGUUACAAGCGCCGUGCUCUACCAGCUGAGCUACAGAGGACCACGAAUAUACCGUACCAAGGUCAUACUUCUUCAGGUAUUUACAAGUAGGUAUCUACAAGCUUUCUAUCCAAACACCCAAACUAGAUAAGGUUACAAGGCACCCCCUCAGGCCAUAGAGCAAUAUUUAGCCAGAGUUUAGGAGAAUCAAUACACUGAGAAACCAACAACUAACCUAUACAGGGCUUUAUCAGCGUUGAAACAAGAUAACACAUUUAUUAUUAUACAGAUGUGGGAACGUGCUCUUCAUCAAGAUACAGUAUAAGUGAAGAGACAUGGUUAGAUAUAUUCUCUGAAGCUCGUAAAGUUACCAAUGCAAAUUCAUGGAGGUGGCUACAAAACUACAUAUUUUUGGAAAUGUAAAACAUUUAACAGCUUUUGGGUGUCAGUUUUCAAUAUGAUUGAUAAGGUGUUUGGUUUUCAAAUGUUAGCCAUUCUUGCAUCCAAGUCGGACAUGGUGUUAGAAAGGAAUAAACAUUAUUUGUUACAAAUAUUUUUCAUUUCAGCUAAGAAAGCUAUAACAUUAAGAUGACUCCAGAAAGAACCUCCAACAGAUGAGGUGUGGAUCUCAAUUAUAAGAAGAACAUACAUAAUGGAAAAAAUAACAUUUAGAUUAAGAUUAAAGCAAGAUCAAUUUGUGGACAGAUGGUCAUUACUGACUGUGAACAUGGAGAUUCAGUGGGUUGUGUCUGAUCAAUUAACUCUUCCUUUUUAUGGACUGUAGCCUAAAUGUACAGUGCAUUCGGAAAGUAUUCAGACAUUGACUUUUUCCACAUUUUGUUACGUUACAGCCUUAUUCUAAAAUGGAAUAAAUAAAAACAUUUCCUCAUCAAUCUACACACAACACUGUAAGGGUUGGGGUGAGGUGUGACCCAGGUGCUGCGCAGGAUAUACAGUAGGCAGUAGGCAGAGAUGGUGAAACAAGGAUCUUUACUGGUUGUCCCGAAGCCAAAAUACAAAAUAACGGUAUAAGAAAGGCGAAGCAAAUAAGUCUCCAAAACCGGCUGACAGCCAAAAUACAAAAGACUACCUAUGACUGAAACAAAUAACAAAACAGGGAGAACACUUCUCAAGUACCUGUACAUAGGUCUCCGAUCAGACACUGAGUAGUACUGCUGGACAUAGAGACACUAGCAGAGAAAACUGAGCAAGACAAUACAGGGAGGUGAGGGCAUAAAUACACAGGUGAACAGAGAGACACAGGUGACACCAAUAGGAUGAUGAUUAGUCCAGACUGUGAGUGAGGAGGUGCCUAAGGUUGUCGGAGGAUGACACCUAGUGGGUCGCUCCGGAACUGUGACCCCCUCCUGUGACACGAUACCAGAUAAUGACAAAGCAAAAACAGGUAAAGGGUCUGAAUACUUAUGUAAAUGUGAUAUUUCCGUUUUUGAUUUGUGAUAAAUGUGCUACAUUUCUAAAAACCUGUUUUUGCUUUGUCAUUAUGGGGUAUUGUGUGUAGAAUGAUGAGGGGGAAAAAACAAUUUAAUCGAUUUUAGAAUAAGGCUGUAACGUAACAACAUGUGGAAAAAGUAAAUGGGUCUGAAUACUUUCUGAACGCACUGUAUUAACUGAUUCCUUCAAAGUCUGUAUACAACCCAACCCACUCGGUGUGUGUUAUGUCUUGCUAGUGUCACUUUAUGUUUUUGAUAAGGUUUAUGGUUAUUUAUUUAUUUGAAUUUUGAAUUAAAUUUUUCUUGUACAGUAUGUAUUUGUUGCUUUAGGUUACAUGUCUCAUUUUUCAACAACAAUCAGUGCAGUACCUGCAUGUUGGAAUUUAACAAUACAAUUUAAAAAGUAAGUUGAAAAAUUUAUAUAUCUGCUACCAAUCUAACGAUACAGCUGUUUUAAUAACCGCAUUAACAAUUUUUCCCCAAAAACAUUUUCCAAACAACUGAAAUAUUGACCACUUUCACAGCACUUUAGACACAAACUAGACACAAACUUAGACGGUAUGACAUCUUGGUCUACUUCUCUGCUAUUCAAAUCUGGAAUCAGAACAGAAUGAUCUUCUACCAAUAAAAAGUUACAGCUGUUUGUCAGAAGUAGCUAGCUAACUUCAGCGAACAGCUCUCUCAUGUCUCAUCAUUGAGCAGCCCAAACGGAGCCUUUGCUAUGGAUACCAAUGCAUUUCAAUGGCAAAAAAAGGGCCAUAGACUAGAAUGGUAAAAAAUAGAUAUAAUUCUAGACCUAUCUCCUCUUUCACUGUUUAAGUUAUCAACACCAAACCAAUGUUGAGAUAUUCAGACUGACCCUACUUAGGGGGCUUUUACAACAAAUUGGUAUGGUGCGUUUUCUUUCUAACUAUGGUCCGUUUACCACCUUAGUUCAGUUCGUUUCGACUGGGGUCCGAUUCAACUGUGGUGUGGUUCCCUGCAGGUGAGAACGCAGUCCGGACCAAACAAAGGAAAAUAACCAGAGUCGUGCAGUAUUAUUGGUUGUUUGACUGUGAGCAUUUGAUGAAAUGCACACCGCUUCAUAACUUGAGAUCUCUGAAACAUGUUGUGAGUAGCAGCACAUACCGGGAUAUAAACUACUGAAUAUAGCUUAUUUAGGUCGCAGUUAGAUCGGCUAUUGUUUCCACCUGCAUGUUCUCGGAAGACCAAAGCGAAAGAAAUAUGAAAAUUGGGACGCAAGUGAAGCUUCAGCAUAUUUGUCCAAUAAACAAAUGACGUGCUUGGACACGUGGUUUUGUUUAGGAAUUUUAGGUAGUUCAGAAUUUGCAUAAAAUAACCCACCAACGGUAAGUCUUGAACCAUUCAUGCUAUAGGCACCAAACACACUUUCACAUGUUCAGGCUAUCCUAUCCUAUCAAUACAUUCUUCACAAUUUAGCAUGCACACCACAUUUUCUUCAGGAAAUGUACUUCUAAUUAUUAUUUGAUUUAUUCGGCUCGCUUUAGCGCUUAAACGAUUUAAGCCAUUAACACGAAGCCAACUUCCAAAUGUGCAGACUGCUCCAACUUAGUUUACUUGUACUACAACAAUAUUUAAAUGAGCUCCCAAUGCAUUUCAAUGGUAAAAAAAAAGGGCCAUAGACUUAAAUGGUAAAACAAAUAAACAAUUCUAUACCUGCUUUAUCUUCUCCUAUACCAUUUAACAUAUUAACACCAAUCCAACGUUUAGAUGUUCAGACUGACCCUACUUAGAUUGCUUGCAUUCAGAUUUUUGAUACUAUUUAGACUUUUUAAACUAUAAGCAUUUAAACUUUGCAUAAAUUAACAUGGGAUUGAAUGAGAACCAUAGGAAUACAAAGUUAGCUAAUCAAAAUGGUCCUGCUCCUUUGCCAAUAAAGCUAUAAGACCAACUUUAUGUUCAGGCUAUCCUAACUUCAAAUUCUUCAAAAUCUUUAUCAAUUAUAACUGUAUACAUUUGCAAUCAUUUGCAUAAAAUAACUCACCAACUAACUCUUGAACCAUUCAAGCUAGAGAAACCAAACCAACUUUAAUCUUUAUCAACUAUAGCUAUAUACAUUUGUAUAAAUUAGCAUAAAAUAACCCACCAACAGUAACGUUUGAACCGUUCAAGCUAGAGACACCAAACAAACUUUCACAUGUUCAGGCUAUCCUAAUUUCAAAUUCUUUAAAAUCUUUAUAAACUAUAAACCACAUUUUCUUCAGGAAAAGUACUUUUCUAGUUUGUAUUUAAAUUCUGUCAAGCCAUUCCUCAAUUUAUUUCCAGUUGUGUGUGUCCAAGUUAAGAGUAGGUUUGUUUCCUAUUUCUCAUGUAUAUUCUAGUUAAGUCACAACAGUUGAGAUGUAUUGGUUUAAUAGGUUUAUCCUAACCACCUUGACCUUUUAUGUUAUGCAACCUGCUCAUGAUGUCUCUCCUUUGUUGCAGAACCACACACAAACCUUUACCAUGUCCAACCACAAGUCCUCAAGAAAUGUGUGAAAUUUGUCGUCUGCUUACUCUCUAACCGGGGAAAAGUACUCCUGGUGAAAUCUAUCCACCCAGUUACCUAUCUUGGGUUCCUUAGCCUAUUUUUCCCUACUAUACAGUAUGUUUUCAUCAAAUGAUAUCCCUAUUUUAUCUGAUCCCUCCCUUCUCACUUUGCAACUAUGCCCUUCUUUCUCUUCUUUUCUUCCACCUUCCCUGUUUCUAUCUCUUCUCCAGAACGGAUGGUACUGAUGGAGAUACUGCCUGGGCCUGCUUUUUUGGGAGAUGAACUGAGUCUGAGGUGUGUUGUGACGGGGACCGACCAAAUUAGCCGCGCUAUAUUCUACAAGGAUGAUCAGCAAAUAAAUGACAGUGCCCUUUCUUUUUACCAUAUCAACAAUGUGACCGAGUCCAACAAGGGGAAAUAUCGCUGUGAAGCCACCUAUAGGUUCAAGGGAAGCACCAGUGGAAAGUCAAACACAGGCGUCUCAGAAUAUCAAGAAUUGAUUGUUGCAGCACUCCCUUUGAAGGCAGAUCUCACUGCGACCGCCUACAUGACCUGCUCCUGCUCCGGAUGCCCCACUGGCACCUCCUAUCGCUGGUACUACAAACAGCACAAUCAGAAGUGGCUACCUAAAGGCUCUGGCGACAGCUACACACAUGCCAUGUCGGCUGGUAGUUAUGCAUGCAGAGCAGUGUGGAAAGUCGGGAGGUCUGCACUAAGCAAUAUCCAUCAUUGUGAGUUCCACACAAAUGAGAGAACGUGAACAUAUAUUAUUUUAGAGUGAAAAUAUGAGAGUAGAUUAUUGUUGAAGGACAUGCCUGAUAGAAGUUUGAAAUGUGCACAUAAAAGUUAGUUGCUCAAGCCAACUCUGAUGUGUAAUUUGAAGAGAUAGCAUUCAACAGUGUAGUAGGCAUGUGAUGGUGCUUUGUAUUUUGUGAUAUACUGGUCAACAAAAGUAAACAAAGUGAAUAAACCUUUAGAAUUAGACAAACCUAACAUUGAUAAUCUUUCUGCUUUACUCUUUAUGACAGAUGACGUCGACACUCAAGGGACAAAUAUGCCAUUGAUCAUCAUCUUUGUGAUGAUCGUCUUGGGGGUUAUACUGGUCAUAGGAGCCAUAAUCUUAUAUCGCAAGAGGACUGGUGAAGGUAAGCCUACAACUGAUCUCCUCAGCCACUGUGUGUGUGUGUGUUUGUUUAAGUGACAUAUAAGUCUUUACAUGACAUCAAUUGUUUGCCAUUCAAAAGUUCUUCAUUUCAAAUGUGUUUUCUCUGUUUGUAUGCUAGAAGCCAUUUACCAAGAUAUGCCCAUGAGUACAGUGAAAUCGAAGGAUGGAGGAGAUGGGGGGUACGAGGAGCUUCGCAAAAAACAUGGUACCGGGAGAGAGGGAGAGUACGACACCCUGAACACAACUCCAGCAGAAGCAGCAGGAGGAGAGAAGCAGGGGGGGGGUACGAAGCGCUGAAGAAAGCAGGAGGAAAAGAGGAGGUGUACCACACCUUGGGGGAAGUGGGGGCGAAAGGUGGGGAUGGGGGAGAUGGGGGAGAUGGGGCAUAUGAAGCUUUGAAAAAGUCCAAAGAUGGGGGAACUGAGGAUCUGUUCCAUACUUUGACGGCAGAAGGAGGCAAAGAGUGAGAUAGAGAGUAUAAAGAGGGGUAUACCAAUCUCUGGGAGCAGAAGGGACCUAGAUCUGAUACAAUAGGAAGUCCUGUAAUGACAAGAGGAAAGGUGGGGUGUAGGAUCAAUGGUGUAGCGUAGUAUUGCAGGGCUCCCCGUAAGGUCCAAGCAAGGCAGUUUUUUAGCUAAUGUCAUGCUAUUUAGGCUAUUAGGCUGAAAGAAAAGGUUGCUGUUUUAGAGCUAAUUUCCUGCUAUUCUACACAUUUUGCUAUGAGGCUGAGAGGACAUUUAGCAGUUUUAAAGGUAAUUUCCUGUUAUAAAAAUAACUAAUUCCUCCCGAGUGGCGCAGCAGUCUAAAGCACUGCAUCUCAGUGCUUGAGGUGUCACUAUAGACCCGGGUUCGAUCCCAGGCUGUGUUGCAGCCGGCCACGACCGGGAGACCCAUGAGGCGGCGCACAAUUGGCCCAGCGUCGUCCGGGUUAGGGAAGGGUUUGGCCGGCCGGGAUGUCCUUGUCCCAUCGCGCUCUAGUGACUCCUUGUGGCGGGCUUGGUGCAUGCAUGCUGACUUCGGUUGCCAGUUGUACAGUGUUUCCUCCGACACAUUGGUGUGGCUGGAUUCCGGGUUAAGCGAGCAGUGUGUCAAGAAGCAGUUUCGGAGGAUGCAUGGCUCUCGACCUUCGCCUCUCCCGAGUCCAUACAGGAGUUGCAGCGAUGGGACAAGACUGUAACUACCAAUUGGAUAUCACGAAAAUGGUACAAUAAUAACCAUGGCUUACUAUAUGCUAUCUGGGUUGUGGGAAGCUUGUGGGACCUCCCACUUGCAGGGGCUGCGGGGGGUGCUACGCUAGUGAGUAGGAUAAUGAUUUUAUCAUUGUAAUGUGUGAAAUUUUUUAAAGGAGGGAUUUAAUACUUACUUUUCUUUGUAAGUUAGACAUUUUCAGUAUUUGUUGGACAGAUAUUGACUAUAACAUUGAAAGUUUUACAAAAAACGUUUGUAUAUGUUUUGUGUUGUAUACAUUUGAGCUUUAAGGCAAAUAUGUGGUCCUCUGUAGCUCAAUUGGUAGAGCAUGGCGCUUGUAACGAAAGGGUAGUGGGUUCGAUCCCCAGGACCACCCAUACGUAAAAAUGUAUGCGCACAUGACUGUAAGUCGCUUUGGAUAAAAGCGUCUGCUAAAUGGCUUAUUAUUAUAAACAUCCACUGUUCAUUAAUCAAGCACUUUCUCUUUUUUGUCUGUAAUGUAUAUAGAAUGUAUAAAACAUAUUAUGCUUAAGUUGCACAGUAUCUGAGAUAUCUAAAUGCAAUACUCCAAACUGUAUAUUUAUGUCAUUUACAGUGGGCGGCAGUGUAACAUUGGUAAUAUAUCAUUAUGAUAAUUUUGUUUGCUGAAAUAAAGUAUUAGCAUAACCAAUUCUCGUGUUGUUUUGUGGAAACUCAAUGUUUAAUCAGUUGUUUGGAUCCCACACUCAGAUUGAGUCAGUAUCAUUUUACCAUGGUACUUUGGUGGACGUUGGUGCAGGAUUACCUGUGCUGGAAUAAUAAUAUUAAAAUACGGUUUGAGAACAAUGGAAUGAGCAGCAGGGUUUAAUAGCACAAGCUGGAUGGGUAAUUAACACGGUCUACAACUGGUCUGUAUUCGGUCUGUUCUGGGCCUGUGUUCACAAAGCAUCUAAGAUCAGCUCCCCCCUGUCCAUGUAAUCGUAUUCAUUAUGAUUGAAGGCAAAACUGAUCCUAACUAACGUCAUGCUUUGUGAAUACGGAUCUUGCUCUUAACAACCUUGAAGCCAGUAGCUUUGACCCAAUAAAUACCACUGAGCGGGAGGCUGAGAGAGGAGUGCUGGGCGGGCAGAGGAGGAGGAAUCCUCCUGCACUACACUCAUCCAUCUUGACUUUAAUUUCCUGAACCUGCUGUUGUCCCCUCCAGGAAGCUCCUCAGCCUGGCGCAG